CGGUGCGAUGUGCGCAGUGCAGUGUGGGAUAGUGGAGGACUGCGACCGGUAACAGAGAUGGACGUGUUUUUGAUGAUCAGACGUCACAAGACGACCAUCUUCACAGAUGCUAAGGAGUCGACCACAGUCUACGAGCUCAAGCGUAUCGUGGAAGGCAUCCUUAAGCGGCCACCGGAGGAACAGAGACUUUACAAGGAUGACAUGUUGCUAGAAGACAGCAAGACACUUGGAGACUGUGGAUUCACAAACCAGACAGCGAGACCCCAGGCUCCAGCCACAGUAGGGCUGGCCUUCCGCAUCAGCGAUGAUGCCUUUGAGCCUCUGCGAGUGGAGCCUUUCUCCACUCCUCCUGAACUGCCCGAUGUGAUGAAGCCCCAAGACUCCGGCAGCACUGCCAACGAGCAGGCAGUGCAGUGAAGCGGCGGAGGACAGACAACAGAGGGCAGCAGGGGGGAGAUAAAGGGAGGGAUAAAUUUGGGGAAACAUCAGGCAUGUAGACAAAUUGUUUGAACAUGAUGGUGCAAAAGGGGGAAAAAGGGGGGGGAUGCAUGAGAUAAGACUGAUCCUGUGUGAUGCUGUGACUUUUGCUGAAAAUUUGAAAUCAUUCUCCUUUGCAGCCCUUCUCUAGCCACUGGCUUUCUGACUGACUGUGUUACUCUCCAACCCUUCAUGCACCCAGUCAAGUCUCUGUUCAGUGCGAAGGUCUCGACCCGCCACCCCGUGUACACUCGGGCACGUUUUUGAUUUGCUCAUGUGUCUCCAUGCAUUUCUGGAUAAACUGCUCAUUGGUCAGAGUCGGUCAUCUAGAGGGGGGUGGCGAUAGACUAUUUAAAAAAUCAUACCUUUUUAUUUAAUUCACAUGUUUAAGUUUGGGAAAAUUGAGCUUUAUGUGCUUUGUGUGUUUUGGCCUUGUGUUGAGGGGAGGGGGGGGGUUGUUUUUGGGCCUGGAGUGGCUGUAGGCUUUUACAGUGCCCUCUCGAAUUGUAUUAACAGUAUGUUCUGUGUUUAAUGGAUAUUGAUAUUAUUCUAACUCGUUGUUAAAGGCCCUCUGUUUUACAAAGAGCCUUUGGGGACGUGAAAGCUGGAAGUCGAGGUUUUUGUUACCUUCUAAUUUAGAGUAAUUGCGCGUGAGACUGCUCUGAAAUCAUAAUGAACAUCGAGUUCAUGUCCCCUGAGGUUAUACAGGAAAGGUCUGUACUCCACAACAGAGUGGUAGAUUCCUUGUAAAAACAUUUUGUAUUUUCAUUUUUUUUUGCUUCUUGAUGUUUUUUUCCCUUCUUCACGCUCUCAUACUGGAAGUUUGUCUCCUGUCGUUUUCCAGUAUCGGUUUGAUUUAAAAGACAAAGCAGUGUCAUUUUGUUUAAUUCCCUAAUUUUGUAUUUAAGCCAAAGGGGGAAGUGUAAAUGCACGUUGAUUUUCUUCUUCUUUUUGUUUUUGUGUGUGUGUUGUGUUCGUGUGAAGGAAUGGCUUAAGUUGCAUUUUGCAGACCUGUAAGAACAAGGCAUAAUUGCAUAGAGCAGUGAUUGUUUCGUUUUAACAAAAUGCUGACGUGGUGUUCAUCCCGAAAACAGAACUCCUGCUGUCUUGUUUUUGAGAACUUGCUCCUUCUCCGUGGUGGACAUGGUUCCUCACCGCGCUCUUUCAGGGGGGGAAAGGAAGAUAUCCUGAUGAACAAAGCAAUGCAGCAGUAUCUGUAAUCAAGUUUAAAUUAAAACCAACCCUUUUCACACUUG